GGGCCGGCCGCGGGAUGCAUGGCCGGGCGUCCGAAGCCAGCGGGGGCAGCGGGCUCGCCUCCUCCUCCUCCUCCUCCUCCUCCUCCUUCCCGGAGCCGGCGCGGAGCUACAUGGCAGCCGGGCUCUUCCGCCUCCUGUCACGGCCCAGCUGGGCGGGGCGCCGCGGCGCUGAGAGGGGCCGGGCGGGCGGAGGGCUGGGCAGGGCUAAGCCCGACGCCGCCUCCCAGGCGCAGGACGGACGCGGCUCGCCUGGCACCUGCCACAGGGACGCCGAAGGGACGCCCCCUCCCAUCGACCAGGGCGGCGGCGGCGGCGGCGGCGGCGGCGCGAUGGGGAAGCUGCCGGUGGUGCCGCUGCUGAUCAACCUGGGCGGCUCGGCGCUGGGCUGCUGGGCCACGCUGCGCCUGAUCCCCGCCUUCCGCGAGCACUUCCUGGCGGCGCGGCUGUGCGGGGCCGACCUGAACAAGCGCUCCAGGCAGCCCGUCCCCGAGUCGCAGGGCGUGAUCAGCGGCGCCGUCUUCCUCAUCAUCCUCUUCUGCUUCAUCCCGGUGCCCUUCCUCAGCUGCUUCGCCGGGGAGCGCUGCCAGGCCUUUCCGCACCACGAGCUGGUGGCGCUGGUGGGCGCCCUGCUGGCCAUCUGCUGCAUGAUUUUCCUUGGUUUCGCCGACGACGUGCUCAACCUGCGCUGGCGGCACAAGCUGCUGCUGCCCACCGCCGCCUCCCUGCCCUUGCUGAUGGUCUACUUCACCAACUUCGGGAACACCACCAUCGUGGUGCCCAAGCCCUUCCGGGUGCUGCUGGGCGUCUACCUCGACCUAGGGAUACUCUACUACGUGUACAUGGGCAUGCUGGCCGUCUUCUGCACCAACGCAAUCAACAUUCUGGCUGGGAUUAACGGCCUGGAAGCCGGGCAGUCUCUGGUGAUUUCUGCCUCCAUCAUCGCUUUCAAUAUUGCGGAGUUAACAGGGGAUUGCAAGGAUGACCACGUCUUCUCCCUCUACUUCAUGAUUCCCUUUUUCUUUACUACGCUGGGGCUGCUGUACCACAACUGGUACCCUUCCCGUGUGUUUGUGGGAGACACCUUCUGCUACUUUGCCGGCAUGACCUUCGCCGUGGUGGGCAUCCUUGGGCACUUCAGCAAGACGAUGCUUCUCUUCUUCAUCCCGCAAGUGGCCAACUUCCUCUACUCGCUGCCUCAGCUUUUCCACAUCAUCCCAUGCCCCCGCCAUCGGCUGCCCAGAUUCAACGCAGACACGGGGAAGCUAGAGAUGAGCUACUCGAGAUUCAAAGCAAAGAACCUCUCUCCAUGGGGAGCGUAUACCCUUAAGGUAGCUGAGAAACUCUGCCUGGUGAAUGUGCGUCAGGGAACAGACAAGGAUGGAGAAUUCACAGAAUGCAGUAACAUGACCCUCAUUAACUUUGUGCUGAAGUUGAUAGGACCAACCCCUGAACAAAAACUGACGGUUCUGCUGCUGCUAAUCCAGGUUGCUGGUAGCUUGGUAGCUUUUGGUAUCCGGUACCAGCUUGUGCGGCUGUUUUAUGACAUCUGAGCUGACCGGCGGUCGUUUGAUCCUCCUCCGUCCCUGUUAUCCAUUCCAUCUGAGAGAAGCCUGAAUGCAGCCCUUCCCAGGGCGCCUCUCAGCUCCCGUCAGAAGUUGGGAUGCUGCUGCCUCCACCGGGAGGAUCAGACCAGCCAGAGUCCGGCUGUCGGCCUCUUCUGGAUGCAGCUCGGAAGCAACAUUAUGCCCCUCUGGUGAACUCAAGCUGCCCACGGGCCCCUUGCCUCCUUGGGGGGGAAUCCAACGGAGUCAAGGCCUGUAGCAGCAGGUGAAGCAGGGGACCCUUAGCUUCGUAAAUGCCUUCCUUGCCCUCUUCUCCGGGGGAGGAUCUGAUUUUGGUUCCUUCACUUUGUGCUGAAAAGAACUCUGUGUGUUUGAGAUGUUGCUCUGAAGCCUGUUUGGAACUGCUGUACGACCAUCCUUCCCACAAACUCCGCUGGGUAUAAAUUAGUACUGUCUUUUUCUACA